AAGAAACGAGCGAUGCCGAUCGAAGACUCGUCGGACGAUGAACCACUAGCCUCUAAAGCUGCAGCAUUGCAAAAUCCAUCCCCGGCCGCAUCAACUACCGCAACAACUGCACUGCCACCAACGGCACGCCCACAAGUCCAAAUGGUUCCCAUCGACGCGUCUGUUUACAAGAGCCCCGUGUUGAAGAAAGUGAACCAACUGACACAAGCCUUGGCCUCGGGGGGUCAGUUGCCAACGUUGGCCGAGCUCAACGUGUUCAACGUACGUGAAGUGCGUGAGAUGGUCCCAACCGAAGUAUCGACCGAGAUCGAAAGCAUGGUAGUGGGGGUGGUGUCCUCCAUCCUCCGCGGGGAAGGCUUUCGGUACGCAGUGCCUUCGCGAACCACCGCCAACCAAAUCUACGUGACGGAGCUGGACCGCAUCGUCUUGGCCGACAAACUGAGCGUCCGCGACUUCACCAACAUGUCUGCCGUUCGCAAGACUGCCAUCACGACCAAGGUGAUGGAGCUGGUGCACCAAUUGCUAGCCAAAGGCAUCCACGUGACCAAACGCGAUUUGUUUUACACCGACGUCAAGCUGUUCAAAGAUCAAAGCGAAAGCGAUACGAUUCUGGACGACGUGGCGUGCAUGGUCGGCUGCACGCGGUCGUCGCUGCACGUUGUGGCCUCCGAAAAGGGGGUGGUGGUUGGUCGGAUUGCGUUUCGCGAUGACGGGGACUUGAUCGAUUGUACGCGCAUGGGCGUGGGCGGGAAGGCCAUUCCGCCCUACAUCGACCGCCUCACUGACAUCACGAGCGACGCAAAGUUCAUUUUACUCGUCGAGAAAGACGCGGCAUUUAUGCGAUUGGCCGAAGAUCGAUUUUACAACAAGUACCCGUGCAUCAUCUUGACUGCGAAAGGUCAGCCCGACGUGGCCACGCGAAUGUUUCUCAAGCGAAUUCAAAACGAACUCCAUCUGCCGGUGCUAGGUCUUGUGGACAGCGACCCGUACGGGUUGAAGAUUCUGUCCGUGUACAUGAGCGGGUCCAAGAACAUGUCGUACGACAGCGCGAGUUUAACUUGCCGCGACAUCAAGUGGCUCGGCGUGCGGCCAUCCGACUUGACCAAGUACAAGAUCCCCGACCAAUGUCGUCUGCCCAUGAAGGAAACGGACAUCAAGACUGGAAAAGACAUGCUCGAGGAAGAGUUCAUCAAGAAAAACCCGCUUUGGUCCAAGGAAUUGGAAUUGAUGCUCAAGUCCAAGGAGAAGGCCGAAAUCCAGGCCCUGAGUACAUUUGGCUUUCAAUUCCUCACGCAAGAGUACCUGCCUCAGAAACUGCGCGACGGCGACUGGAUUUGAACGUUGUAUAUGAAAAGUUGUAUUGCCACUACUGGCGAAUCGAUCCAACA